AUCCGAUUAUAGUAACGUCAGCAAAUUGCCAGUGUAUUGAAAACAUUUCUGAGUAUGAUUGACCUGACGGAAAUUCUGAUUCUGUCGUUUUCCUCGGCUCUUAUUUUUUUAGUCAAACUAUUAGACAAAGACCCCCCUGCUCUAUUCGGUAUCUACCAACGGAAAAAUGGAUUCUAUUGGCUGAAGGUCGCUUUCAUGUAUUGUGUUUUGAAGGCGAGAAAAAUCAAACGGGCUUUGAGUAAGCAUGAUGAACUUCAGUUCUCGAGCAGUAUUGAUAGACCUCAAAAGCUGUCCAAUCACGACAAGGCUAUCGAUGCAGUUUACAUGAAUGGGGCAAACAAAAAUGGAGACCACUUGGUUGUUGGACUGGCCACAAGACCAGAUGUGGUGGAUGGCUUCCUGUACUUGAAAAUAGCCGGUUCCAAUUUGGGAGUACUGGAAACUCCCAAACUCCCGAGUACUACGCUCUGCAAAACGAAGGAAAAUAAAUCAUAUUACUUCGCGGAAGGUAUAAAAAUGGAACCUGUCGAGCCUAUGAAGAAGUGGAAGUUAUCUUACAGCGGAAAGAUGAAGGAGUUUGGGAACAGAGCAGUAGAACACAAUGUUAAAAUUGAGGGUAGUUGGGAAUCGGAUCAGCCGUAUUUUAAUUUCGAUUACGAUAUCGAUCCUAUGUUGAUGGCUAAAAGUAUGGCUCUUGAGAGAUGGAGUAGGAGCUAUUUUGAGGUUCUAGAAGGGAACCACCAAACGCAUUAUGAACAAUUUGGAACGCUAAAAUUGGACGUAACAAUAGACGAAAAAGUAUUCAAAAUCGAACUUGAAACCGUCAGAGAUCAUAGUUUCGGAAAAUAUCGGGAAUGGGGACAAUUCCACAGAUAUGCCCUUCAUUACUUCGCAACCGAAACAGGGGAUUGUUUUGCUGUAGGACAGCUGUGUGCUCCUAUAACUUUUUCUUGCCUGACAUUUGGAUAUGUUUAUAACGCGAAACAAAAGAAGAUUUUUCCUCUGCGAGAUUGCAGCUUCAAGCUCUUCCAGCACGGUGGAAUAGAUGUACCUUCUCAAGAUUAUGGAUUCACUUUUUCAGCCGGAGGGAAGACAUAUGCCGUUCAGGUGCAGGUAGUGGAUUCGCCACACUUUUACAUCAGCAAAAAUUGGGAAGCUAAGAUUUAUGAAAGGAUGUGUAUAUUCGAAGUCAAUGGGGUUAAGGCCUGGGGAGCUUCGGAGUGGCAGUACCGGAAUAUCCAGGGAAAGAGCGUCCAAGAUCAUGAAAGUAGUAGUCCUGAAUGAGUUUGUAUCUUUUGCAUGUGAAACCAUUAUUUCAAGUGCACCUUAUAUAUUAGUAAUAAUAAUGCAGUCAACACAUCUUA